GCUCGUUAUAUAAACAUUAAAGAUGGCGGCGUCCUGUCGGUACCGUGCACUACUGAUCCGAACUUUGAGCAGGUUCGGAUGUUCUGCAGGACCCAGGCACAGUUACACAGCUUCUCAGAUUAUUCCUGAGGCAACAGACGUCUCGGCAUGCUGGGUAACUGUGAGAAGACAUGAAGCCACUAGGAGGAAGCUCCAUGAAGGUCCAGGAGGAGGAGAAAAAAGAAGAAUUCUGUGGGCAGCAGUUGCCUUUUCCCUUUUCAGCAGCACUGAGGAAGACGAGCGGGAUGAAUCUCAGAGGAAGGAGGACGAGAUGAUCCUGCUGCUGAAGAAGGCCAAGAUGGCGAACGUGGCCUACGUUCAGGGGCAGCUUGACAGUGCAGAGAAACUCUUUAAAGCAUCGAUGAGCUUCAUGCUGGCAGGUGGAACUCCACAGGAUGACAACGCCAUCAUCGAGAUGUCCCUAAAGCUGACCGCUAUCUACGCCGAGCAGAACAAGGAGGAACUUGCAGAGCACGGCUUCCGGUUCUGCACCGAGUCUCUGGAGACUAAACUGGAGAUGUACAAAGAGCUGCCUGAGGUAGACCAGACAGAGGAGCAGAGUGCACUGAGAAAGGAGACACGCCUCCUGCUUGGUUUGUGUUUGGACUCACGAGCUCGAUACCGAGCCUCAAAAUUACAUCUGAUCCAGGCAGAACUGGACUAUAGGACAGCCUUGGACAUCUGCCACCAGGAGCAAGGAGAGACACACCCACAGACUCUUGUCCUGAUGAGCGAUCUGGCCACCAUCUUGGACCUGCAGGGACGUCAUGAUGAAGCCCUGGUCCUGGUCCAGCAGGCAGUUGAGUUGAGCCAGUCUGUGGGACACCCAGACCAUCACGUGUUGCUGGGAAACUUAGCUGGCAUCCUGCUUCACACAGGUCGACUGGAGGAUUCAGUCCAGUUCUACCAAGAGGCCCUGGAACUGGCCCAGCAGGCUGGAGACCAGGAAGCUGUAGACAGGGUUCAGGAGGGACUGAAGGAGGUGAAGAAGAGGAGGAAGGAGGAGGAGCCAGAGGGUGCAGCACAGUGACUGUGGGCGGAGUCUCUAAGAUCCAUGAUCCAAAUCAAUUGGUUUUCUGGGAUCCACUGUCUGUCCCCAGAUGUUCCCCCUUUGUCUACUACCUGAAAGCUGAACCUGUUCAAGUGUCCAUGCAGUCAGGACACACCCAUCGGUCUUAGUGUAGUUACCUGUUGUUCCCACAGGUGGGACUCACGUGAAUUUCCUGUUUACUCAAACUGUCACAAUAAAAGUGUGAUGUUGAUGGUGAACUGUAUACACAACACAUCAAGGACUUCAUCUAAUCUGAUGUUUGUGUACAGGAGGAGGCGAGGCUAAUGAGAACACUUUAGAACCAACUUGAAGGUGUGCUGCAUGUGGCCCAACACUGGUGGAAAGGAUGAA